AUGGAGGCAACAACAUUGACUGUUCAUUGGCAUAAUGAUAAUCUGCCCAUCUAUUCUGUUGAUUUUCAACCAAACGAUCUGUCAACAACAACAUCAUCUCAAUCGCAACGUUUGGCUACUGCUGGAGGUGACAAUAAUAUCAGAAUUUGGACCUUGGGAAGUUCCAAUACCAUUGAUUUUUUGAGUACUCUACAUAAACAUAGUCAGGCUGUUAAUGUUGUUCGAUUCAGUCCCAAUGGUGAUAUCUUAGCCUCUGCUGGAGAUGACGGAACAGUUCUAUUGUGGAAGAAAAGCGAUACUAUUAUUACCAAUUUAGAAACUGAAGAUGAAGAGGAUAUAAAAGAAAGUUGGAAAGUUGUGGGUACCAUAAGAUCAAGCACUUCAGAAAUUAUGGAUCUUGCGUGGUCACCCAAUGGAAAUUAUAUAACGACUGGUUCUAUGGAUAAUGUUUUAAGAGUUUAUCAAUUAAUCUCACAGAAUGAUAAAAUCAAUGGGACAUUAGUUCAAAAUUUAUCAAAUCACACUCAUUAUAUUCAAGGUGUGUAUUGGGAUCCAUUGGAUGAAUACAUUGUCAGUCAGUCGGCUGACAGAUGUUUGAAUGUUUAUCAAAUAACACACCCUGCUUCCUCUACUUUAGAGGUUCAGUUCCGUCAUAAAUUCUUCAAGUUUGGUAAUGUUUAUUUAUACUACCCUGAGACAUUGCAGUCGUUUUUUAGAAGACCUUGUUUCUCCCCAGAUGGAUCUAUACUAGUCACACCUGCUGGUUUGGAAGAAUCUGCAACUAAUGAAUCGAUCAAUAAUGUGCUAUACAUUUACUCCCGAACUAGUUUAUUUACUUCCCCUAUUUUCAAAAUUACCGGAUUGACUAAACCUGCAAUUGCUGUUUCAUUCAAUCCUAUUAAAUACAAGAUUAAUGAUGGGGUGUCGAUGUUAAAGUUGCCAUAUAAGUUGGUAUUCGCCGUGGCGACCCAAGACGGGAUUGUCAUCUAUUCUACACAAGAUAAUUUCAAGCCACUAGGGCUAGUGUCGAAUUUACAUUAUAGUUCAGUGACAGAUUUGAAAUGGGAUCUUGAUGGGUCAAGAAUAAUAGUUAGUUCCACUGAUGGUUUUUGCUCAGUGAUCAAGUUUCAACCCGGGGUGUUUGGUGAAGUUUACAAGGAACAAGAGGUAUCGCAACCAUCAUCUGUGCAGCAAAACAUUACCGAUAUGAAACAGGAAAGUCAAGAAGUUCCAGAAAACAACCCAACACCGAAAGAAGAUACAUCUCCUGUCAAAGAGAAACCGAGUGGUCACACACCUUCGAUUGAUCAGUUUUUCGGUAAGGAACAAAAAGUAAAAAAAAAGAAUAACUCCAACGUUGAUACAGUAGGUAUGAUAUAUAGUUGA